AAACAAAUCACUGAAUUCAAUGAAAUUGAAGAAGCAAAUCAACUCCUCACGAGAUUACAUCAAGACAUUGAAUUGAAAGAAACACAAAUUGAAGCUAUCAAUUCACAAUUAGAUCAACAAACUUUAGCUUAUGCAAAAUUACGUGAAGAAACUGCGAAACAAUGUGAAUCACAUUGGAAAUCAGAGCGAGACAGUUAUAAAGAACAAAUUCGACAACAUGCUAAAACAAUUUGUGUUAUGGAAGAUCGUUUAAUUGAAUUGUCAAAACAAUUAGAUGAGUCGAAGAGUGAAUUAGCAAAAUUAAAACUUAGCAAUACAG